AUGGCGCGCCUUGCGCAACUGCUGAAGAGGUUCCACCUGCCGACCAAGUGCACGUCUGCAGAGCUGCGCAAAGCAUACUACAGGGAAGCCAAGAAGCUGCAUCCGGACCACAAUCCGAGCAGCUGCGGGGCCCAGGCUUUCGCCCAACUUCGAGCAGACUUCGAAGAGGCGCAGAAGCUCCUGGAGCAACCUCGUAGUGGCUUCGCCAAAAGCGCGGGAGAUUUCCCGGACUUCUCCUUUGAGGAUGGCAAGCGCUGGUCAGCCGCCGCGUGGGCAGCUCGAUCCCAGGCGCCGCCCGGCUUCCGGGGAUUCCGUGAGGAGGACUCCAGCGCGCGGCCGGAGCCCUCUGUGCCGGUUGUGGGGCUUCCAUCCGAGGUGGUGUACACCUUUACUGCUGUGAUCUCUGCUGCUGUCGUCCUGGGCUUCCUCUACCAUCUCUCCCAGGUGUUCACGGCAGACGGGCAGCCGGAGGUCACCGUGGCCGCCCAUGCGGCUCACAGGGCUGCGGCCGGCAACGAGGUCUCCUGGCUGGAGAACUGUGGCGCGGACAAAGCUUGCCGGCCACUUCUCUUUGCCGGAGACGAGCGGGAUGAUACACCUCUGCAUCAUGGAGCCAGGGCAGGUCGCACGGAGGCGUGUGCAGCGUUAAUUCGCCUGGGAGCAGACCCGAGCCGUUUGAAUCGGUUUGGUCUGGCUCCCGAGCAUUUGGCUUCGCAGCUGGGUCACAAGGACACGGCCUUCGUCCUCCGAAGCGUGCGCGCUGCCCGCCAGGGCGCUGCUGGUGCCGCAACGCAGGCUGCGGCCAAGAGGGCGAUGCGACACCCAGAUGACCUGGGCCACUUAAAGGAUCCGCGAGAGGCCCUCAGUGAAGUGGCGGCAGAGAGCCUCCGUCGAGCCGCCCGUAUGUCUGGUGACCCGGAGCGUGCACUUCCGAUGCUGCGCGAGUGCGAGCCCUCCAUGCAGCUAGUGGUCCGCAAAAGGGAGUGGAUCGAAAGCUGGGCCCAUGGCUCCCACACAGGCCAACCCGGACUUUUGCUUUACGAAGGUCCAGGAAGCCGCACCGACGGUCACUGGGUGGCGCUCAUCCGAAAUGAGGAAUCCGGCAUUCUUCGCCUUGAUCCAAUCCGUGGCACGUUCUUCCUAACUGGCACCGAAGCGUCUGAGCUUGCAGCGCGAUACCCGAUUUGGAGCUUGGAGCCAGCUGUGUCCGGAGAG